CACUUCACUGUUGAAAUGCAAAUUUUGGCGAAAGACCGCCCAAAUUGAAAUUUGAAUUUUGGUGAUUUAUUUCCCCCUCUUCUCUCCAUCUACAACUAAAAAUACCUCAGAUCCGAACUCAUCUCAAAAUUAUCACAAACUUACCAUGCCUGAAGCGAGAGAUAGGUUAUUAAGGCCCGGAAAUGAUGCUGAGCAACUCUUCAAUCGUCUUCGGAGAUCAAGCGGAAGCAGCGAGAUUCGAUCCGAUGACUCCCCCGUAGUUAGCACCGGAACUGCUGGACCAAGCGCAGUGGCUGCUGCACGCGCUACUGCUAGUGCUCGUCGUCGUCGUAAUCUGAAUAGAUAUUCCGGCGGUGAGAAUAGACAAGUGGGAAGGCGAGUCAGCCGCAGGGUUUUACCUUAUUGGUACCCUCGCAGACCUCUCCAGGACAUCACUGCUAUUGUCCGGGCCUUUGAAAGAAAAAGAGCUCGCUUGAGAGAAGUGGACCAACGAUUUGAGAGUCCAUUACCUUAUGGACAAUUUGUGCAUGAUCUCUCUGAGUCUUCUUCCGGUGCUCCACUUGAGCACCUGUCAUUGAUUACACCAAAACCAACUCCUUUAACAAGGCGUAACCCACCAUUUCUUGGUAAAGUCUCUGAUAUAUUGCGUGAUGUCACUAAUCAGGAAGCUGGGGAAUCUGAGUUCCUGACCCCUGAAAAGAAGCUGCUUGAUUCAAUUGACAAAGUUGAGAAAGCUGUGGAGGAGGAAAUUAGCAGGUUGAAGGAGACUCCUGCUGCCAAGAGAGCUGUGAGGAAAGCAAAGGUCCGAACUUUGAUGUCAAUGCGCUGAUUGACAGUUACCAUUUAAUGCAGACAGCUGAGGAUUCAGGACAAAGAAUAUGGCAACCUUUAACCCAGAAUUGAUUUUAUUAAGUUAAUUAUCAGGAUCAGCUGAAAUGAUUGUAUAUAGCAUUGACAUUUGGAAGAUAAUCAGUACUUGUACAGUUCUCUUCUUCUAUGGAAUGUGAAAUUACUGGUUUUUCAAAAUCUAACUGUUUCUCUUUGUUGGUUAUAAGAAU